CUCUCAAGUCAACCAUGAUUAGCAGACACACACACACACACGCUCAUCUGACAUAACCAAACAGGCAUCGCAUAGACGUGAGUACGUGAGUAGAACCGAAACUUCAUCUGGUAAGUACGAACCAUGGACUAAGUCAAGGUACCGAAAUGACAUCACUUCAGCUGCCUCAAAACAACUACAAGACCACCGGUCUGGCAGGCAUCCCUAUCCCUACGGAGCUCGUCCUGCAAAUCGUCAAAGCCAUGGGCCCGCGACCAAAGCCAAAGUCGGCUAAGCAUAUGAUCCUUCAUGAUUCUCUUGAGGCCGACUCGGAUUUAGAUGGCUUGGAGAUCGUGGAAGAUUACUUCUACGAAGAUCCCAAUAAGUCAACGCCACCAGACGUUCUUGACGGUAUCACCGACCUCAAGAAUCUGACUAUAUCGUGUAGGGCGCUGUACGAAGUCCUGAAAGGUGAGCUUUACAAACGAAGUGGGCAAGAGGACGACUGGUAUGCUCUUCGAUGGGCCAGUUUCAACGGUAAUAUACGUGCGUUGGAAGCAGCUGUCCAGGCUGGCGCGUCAGUAAACUACGCAUUCGAGAAAGCGGGAACUCCGACGGACAUGGUGAACUAUGGGCGUGUAGACAGUACCUUUGGCAACUUCCCCAGAAUGCCGAGGUCAAAGACGUUCAACUUCGGCACGCCUUUGCUUUCAGCAGCGUAUGGCGACGCCACCCGGCGACAUCAGGCGAUCAAGUGGUUGCUCGCCCACGGCGCCGAUCCAAACGUCGCGGAUGCCAACGGCAUCACUCCACUGCAUGUCGUGUGUAGAUGGGGUAUACGAGCCAGCCUGACCGUCGAGCUCCUUCUUAAAAAGGGCGCGAAUGCCAAUGCUCGAGGCCCUCGGGGAUGGACACCUCUGCACUUGACGUGCUACUCGCGCAGAUGGCAUCCCGAUCCGGAGGACCCUCGGCGUCUGUCUCAGCAGAAGCAAGACCUGGUCAUGAUACCUUCUGCAAGGGAGCUGAUCAAAGCAGGGGCUGACUUGCAGGUAAGGACGACCGAAGGUGGUGCGAAGGAGUCUGGCGAGCCUUGCAUCUCUGGUUUGACGCCGUAUGAGCUAUCUCUCUACUGCCAGAACAUUACAAUGGUUGAGUACUUCCGUGAGCAACAAGCGCUUCAUUCGGAAGGCUGGGUUGAUCUCAAGGGCUGAACUUUGUAAGUUUAUGGCUGGAUAUUAUUUGUUUGAAAUAGCACCG